UGACUGGAGCCCGGUGCAGCCCACACCUCUAUGAUCUCUGAGCCGCCGGUGCCCCUCGGGCCGUGCCGUGACAAGCAGAGGUGGCAUCCCGAUGCUGGGAAGGCACUGACGCGCGCCCCUGACGCCGAGCCUCAGCACCCUGCUCCUGGGCACAGCCGCCGCCCCCCGAGAUCUCCGGCCUCGGCCCUGCUGAGCCUCCCUGGUCUAGGCCAGGGUCAGGGCAGGCUGAAACUAUCCUGCACUGGGGCCUGAAAAAUGGCAUCUGGACAAGGCCCGGGCCCCCCCGGGCAGGCAUGUGGAGAGCCCACCCCGUCCUCCACUUCUGAGGAGCAGGUGGCCCGGGACACGGAAGAGGUUUUCCGCAGCUACGUCUUUUACCGCCAUCGGCAGGAGCAGGAGGCCGAGGGGGCGGCUGCACCUGCCGAUCCAGAGAUGGAUACCUUACCCCUAGAGCCUAGCAGCACCAUGGGGCAGGUGGGGCGGCAGCUCGCCAUCAUCGGGGACGACAUCAACCAGCGCUAUGACUCCGAGUUCCAGACCAUGUUGCAGCACCUGCAGCCCACAGCAGAUAAUGCAUAUGAGUACUUCAGCAAGAUCGCCUCAAGUCUCUUUGAGAGUGGCAUCAACUGGGGCCGCGUGGUGGCUCUCCUGGGCUUCGGCUACCGCCUGGCCCUGCACGUCUACCAGCGCGGCCUGACCGGCUUCCUGGGCCAGGUGACCCGCUUUGUGGCCAACUUCAUGCUGCACCACUACAUUGCCCGAUGGAUCGCACAGAGGGGCGGCUGGGUGGCAGCCCUGGACUUAGGCAAUGGCCCCAUCCGGAACGUGCUGAUGGUUCUGGCUGUGGUUCUGUUGGGCCAGUUUGUGGUACGAAGAUUCUUCAAGUCAUGACUCUUGGAGGGGCCCUUCGGGGUCCUCUAAGACCCCUGCCUGGACUUUGGCCGAAACUUUCUCCCCCUUCCCUCCCCUCCCCUGCAGGGGUUGACCCUCAAGAGUACAGAAGCUUUAGCAAGUGAGCACUCCAGCUCUGGGGGGCCCCUGCCCAGCGGCCAGUCAGGCUCAAGGGUGUCCCAACAUUGCAUGGUGCUAACAGGCCCCCUCUCUGGGCCCCAUCCUGUCAGAGAGGGGCUGCAGCCUCCCCCCGCCUCAGCCCUCUGGGAUCCCCUUCAGCAUUGUCUGCUGGGCAAUGGGGAGGCAAGAAGCUGGAAGCUACUUCUACCCAGAAAGUUUUUAAUGGUUUUAGCUUUUUAUAAUACCCUUGGGAGACUUCAUUCCCCAUUCCCACCACUAUGCCCAAGGCCAGGGCAUCUGGGGAGUGGGGAUUAGCAGGCCUCCUCUGUGUUCCUCAGGACUCAACUUGUUCUGGAAAGUCAGAGCUUGAGCGCUGGGACCAGAGCCCAGUCCCAGCCCUCCCUACACAUUUCUCCCAGGAGCAGGGCCAGCUGGGGGAGGGGGCCCCUGGUCCUGCUCAGCUUUCCCACUACUCCCACUCCCCCACCCCAUACUGACUUUUUGGUCAGACUCUCAGGGAUUCUGGGCCUGGGGUGGGGUGGGGUGGGGACAACAGAAGCUGCCUGAGCUUAUUCACCAGGACCCUCUAGCCCUGCCUCCCCCUCUCCCUCACUUUGUAACCACGUGGUCCUAACCCAUGCUCUACAGGUGAAGGCCACACCCUCUGCAUCCCUCCAAAUCAGUCAGGGUUCUUAGGUGAGUGGAGUACAGAGGACUCCUCCUUGCCCAGACUACAGGGGGUUUAGCACUGUGGUUUGUGAUUAUCAGGAAGAAGGAGCGGAGAGCUCCUCUGGAGGUUUCUGAGUGGGAGAAGGGCUACUAAAACCACCAGGAAUCCCAGAGCCGGCCCCCUUACCCUCCCUCAUGGCCAGGGCACAGUAUAAUCUGGGGGUGGGGAUGGGGGAACUGUGAAUACUUGAACUCUACCCCUCCCUGCCCUGCACUCCUCACCUGCCCAGCCCCCUCAGGCAGGUGAGGAGAAGAUUGCCUUGUCUAUCUUGCACAGCCCAGGGAUUAGGAGAAAGGAGAGAGAAGUUCUUGAUUAAGCCAAAUGUGAGGGAGGUGGGGGGAACACGGGGCACUCCCCACCGUCUGAGUGUGUUUGUGUGUUUGAAAAUAAACUAUACA